AUGGAUAGAUGUGAUGUAAGGAAGCAAGUGAAAAUACUGGAGAACAUGGAAAGGAUUAGUAACUGGCUGAUUGAGAUGGGAGGGGCCAAAGACAAGAAGGACAAGAUGGUGAAGAGAUAUGUCAGGAACAUUCUGAAAAGGAAGUACAAAAGAUACAAGAGAAUGGGAGUUCUGAACAUUGAAGGAAAGCUUGAUGGAGGGGUAGGAAGGCUUUCUGAUCUUGGAUAUUAUGAAUUGAAGGCACGGAAGGAAGUUGAAGAAGUUCUUAGAGAUUCCAAGCUCUGUGGGUCAGGAUUAGAGUUGGAAAGAAUAUUUAAAGAAUACAUGGAUGUACACCUGUGCAGUGGGUACAAAGAGUUUCUGAGGUGGGUUCAUAAGCUUGAGGCAGACAAAACUAAGUUCAGAUAUCUGGAAUAUUUAAACGAGUUGAAGGAGUAUCUAUGUAGGCUUAUGAAGAUCAAGUACUUUAGAAUGUUCAAGAGAUUGAUGGCCUCUAGGAUGGAGAUUAUCAAGAAAAUAGAGGCACAGAGAUACAUUGAAAAGGACUUCACGAAGGAAGGAGGAUUUCCAAAGGUGUACUGUCUUGGAUGCUCAAGAGAGGUUGCCGGAAGUGUGCUAAAGUAUCACCUAAAGGGAAAGAAGCACUCCAAGAAAGGGGAUGGAGAAGUUCUUUAUAGUGAUAUAGAGACUUUGGAAGCCGAGAAUCUGAUUCGAAGGGCCUUCUCCGUCCUGGAUCGAGAAAGAAAGUAUAGCAUUUCUUUGUUUUCUAGAAGGAAGAAACUGGUGGGAGAUGGAGUCCCAAAAUGGAAGCGCAAGCAAAAAGACCUAGACAUAGAGUUUGAGUGUGAGAUUUGUGGGUAUUUGGGGUACGGUAGAGAUGGGUUUGAUAGGCACUUUGGAGAAGACUUGCACAGGAAGUGUGUAGAGGAGUACGGGAUCAGGUAUUCUCCUAUAUUCAAGGGAAUUACAAGAAUCGGGACUCUUAUCCGGAUGAAAGAUAGAGUGGAGGAAUCGGAAAGCUAUUCAGAAGAGUUUGAGGACAGGGACGGAAAUGUAUUUGACAGGAGGACAUAUGAGGAUCUUAAAAGGAAUAACCUGAUCUAG